UUACCUUAAAUGCCUGACCAACAUAAAUAACCGGGAAAAUAAAAGCCACCCUGUUUCGCUUUCUGUCUCACACACACUUGUUGUUUAAUGGAGCAAUCUGAUAGCUCAACAACCCACGUUCAUCAACAACAACCAAACGGGUCACCAAACCCGACCCAUCAGUUACCACUACCACCCGGUUUAACACCGUUAGAAUCCGACAACCUAAAACAAACCAUAACCGAAUUCCACUCUUACCAAUUCAACACAUCCCAAUGUUCUUCCCUACUCGCACAACGCAUCCACGCGCCCCCACACAUCGUUUGGUCCGUAGUCCGUAAUUUCUCAAGACCCCAAACAUACAAACACUUCAUCAAAAGCUGUACUGUAUCCCAAAACUUCACUAUGGUCGUGGGUGCCACGCGCGAUGUUAACGUUAUCUCAGGUUUACCAGCUGAUACAAGUACUGAAAGACUUGAUAUAUUAGAUGAUGACAAAUAUGUUACGGGUUUUACUAUUAUUGGUGGUGAACAUAGGUUAAGGAAUUAUAAGUCGGUUACUAGUGUACAUGGAUUUGAAAAGGAUGAUGAAAUUUGGACAGUUGUUUUGGAAUCGUACGUUGUUGAUGUGCCUGAAGGAAAUACUGAAGAAGAUACACGUCUUUUUGCUGAUACUGUUGUGAAAUUGAAUCUUCAACAGUUAGCUUCCGUUUCUGAAGCUACGGCUCGUGGAGGUAAUGGUGGUUUUUCGUAAAAUUGGAUGUUUAAUUUUUUUCUUUUUUUGAAUCAUUGAAGGGUGUUUUGUUUCUAUAAAGGGUUCAUGGAAACAAGAGCAUUUUCGUAAAUCAAGAAAUGUUAAGAUGAAGAUGUUGUAGUCUGUAACUUUUAUUUUGUGGAAAGAACAAAAAAAACUGUUUUAGUGACUUUUUUCAAUUAUGGAAGAGUCGUUUGAGUUGAAAAA